AUGACAGUGGUGGAAACCCAGGUACAUGUGAGAAUUCUUUUCCUGCCUCUUUGGCUGGAAUUGUUUCUGGUUCUUUCUGGAUGGCCAAAGAUUGGGUGCUCUCAAUAUCACAGCCCCCCAGAAGUGGUGAUACCCUUGAGGAUUGCUGGCAAUAGUAGGGGCAUAAAUGCUCCCGGGUGGAUCUCCUACAGCCUGCACUUUGGAGGCCAGAGACAUACUAUCCACAUGAAGUUGAAGAAGUUUUCAGUAUCCAGAGACCUCUCUGUGUUCACCUAUACUGACCAAGGUGCUGUCCUAGAGGAACAGCCUUUUGUCCAGAAUGACUGCUUCUACCAUGGUUACGUGGAAGGGGAACCGGAAUCCAUGGUUUCUCUUAGCAAUUGUUUGGGGAGCUUUCAAGGAAUGCUGAAGAUAAAUGGAAUUGUCUAUGAAAUCAAGCCGAAAAUGUUUUCUGAUGCAUUUGAACAUCUAGUAUAUAAGAUGGACAGUGAGGAAAAACAGUCUGUACCCAUGACAUAUGGAUUAACAGGAGAAGAAAUAGCAGAGCAACUGAAGUUUCAAGAUAAUCUCAGUUCCACUCUGAUGCAAAGUUCUUACACAGGAUGGUGGCUCCAUCGAUGGUUUGUUGAACUGGCUAUCAUAGUAGAGCAUGAAAGAUUCCUUUUUCGGAACAGUAAUAUAUCAAUUGUGGAGAUGGAUGUAGUCAUAACUGUCAGCUUAGUAGAUGAACAUUAUAACUCAAUUGAUGUUGAUAUAGUUCUCAUUGCAAUUGAAGUCUGGAACACAAGAAACCCCAUUCAAUCAUUUGAUGCACGUGGUUUGAUGUCUGAAUUUUGUAUAUGGAAGGAAUUGAGCUUUGAUUCUCGUGUACCCCAUGAUACUUCAGUUAUUAUUGUGAAACAAAAUUGGUGUCUGCCAAAUUUAAGUAUAUCGUAUUAUGCAGGAAUAUGUCGUUUACUUAGUAACUGUGGAUUAGUGUGUCAUGUUGAUGAUGGAGUGGCUCAAAUUGUGGCACUUACGACACAUGAGCUUGGUCACUCUUUGGGGAUGAAAGAUGAUGAACCAGAGUGUAUAUGUAAGGAAAAAUUAUGCAUAAUGGAUAGAAAUAUAGUAUUUUCAGAGUCAUUCACCAACUGUAGUUAUGCUUCCUUUAUAGAAACUAUAUUCAAGAGGAGUUGUUUGUAUAAUGUACCAAAUUCAAAGCGAAUUAUCACAAAGAAGCGAUGUGGGAAUGGUGUGAUUGAAGAUGAAGAAGAGUGUGACUGUGGCUCUAUAAAAUUGUGUGAAAAAAAUACUUGUUGUUUACCAAACUGUACUUUGGUACAUGGAUCAACUUGUGCUUCUGGGCUUUGUUGUGAAAAAUGCCAGUUUCUGCCAUCAGGCACAUUAUGCAGAGACUCAAUCAAUCAAUGUGAUCUGCCAGAGUGGUGUGAUGGAACUUCAAGUGAGUGUCCAGAAGAUGUGUAUGUGGAAGAUGGGCUCCAUUGCCUGGGUGAGGGCUUAUGCUUCCAAAAGAGAUGCAAUAAUCGUGAUUUACAGUGCAGGGAUAUUUUUGGUGAAGGAGCAAAGAGUGCAAAUCUGACUUGCUACCAACAAAUGAACACUAGGGGUGACCGUUUUGGUCACUGUGGUUUGGAAAAUAUUAGGUAUGUCAGAUGUAAAAAUGCAGAUGUUCUGUGUGGGAGAGUUCAGUGUGAAAAUGUGACACAAAUUCCCCGUUUACAAAAUCAUACGACUGUACUAUCAACCCCUAUCAGUAGUUUCAACUGCUGGAGUACAGACUACCAUUUUGGAAUGAUGAAUGUGUAUGACAUUGGGGAAGUAAAAGAUGGAACAGAGUGUGGUCAAGACCUUAUGUGUCUACAGAAGAAGUGUGUCACUAUGCCAAAGUGGCAAGAUUCUUGUUUGCCUAACUUUUGCAAUAAGAGAGGGAUCUGCAACAACAAACAUCAUUGCCACUGCAACAAGGAUUGGGCCCCACCCAAUUGUCUGGAGGAAGGCAAUGGUGGUAGUGUUGAUAGUGGUCCUGCCCCUGACAAACAUGUAGCAUACUGGAUUUACGGGCUUCUCCUUUUUGGGAUUGCUGUUUUGCUUUUGUCUUCCUGCUUUUUAAUUGGGCGUUUGAGAAGAAACAAUCAAAUGCCUAAGCAAAAGCAGGAAGACAUGCAAACUUUACCUGUGAUACAGAAUGAAAAUGUUCAAACUUCACCUACCAAGAAGGAAAAAAUUGUUGAGAGGUCACCUGUACAAGAUGUAACAAAUGUUGGAAAGCCACCUCAGCUCCAAGACAAAAAAGCUGAAACUUUAUCUGUAAAGAAGAGCAGAAAGCCAAAAACUGACAAAAAAGUGGGCCAAUCAUUGAAAAAAGGUGGCGUACCAAAGAGCCAAAAUUAA